ACAUUGGGAAAAAGGUGCUAAAGGGUUUUAUUUAUUAGAAAGAACCAGAACAACGAACAUAGGGGGCUAUGUGGAUUGCGAAACUGACGACAGAAAACGAUAGAAGAUUGGCUACUAUUUGGUUGGAAUGGCUUGCUCAGUUCGUUAGUGGGAAGGAAGAGUUAAACAAUAAGAUUGAGAUCAUUGGAAGCCGUUUCGUUGAUGUUUUAGACGUUGCAAAGCCGGGGGACUUGUCGUAAGCGAGAUACCAUCGCGGGAGAUAGAUCUAGUGGCUGACGAGUUGGUUCGAGUGGAUCCUAUUGUUCAGCGUUGAAAGUGUAUCCAUGGACCUUUUAGAUGAUAUUUUGGCUGAUGGUGCUUCAAAGACCGUCAAGGCUGGCGGCAAGUUUCAACCCAAGGCAAAGCCUCGUCCAGUGAAAAAAGGUCCAGCUGUUGCGGCCUCAACAGUUUCUUUGACGUCAAAACCCACUGGUGAUACUGUAGCAACUGAUUCAAUUGAGGCUCUUAAGAAGGAUGGAAAAAAUCCCCAAAAUUACGAUGAACAAAGCUCUGUGUUAGCGGAACCUUCCUUGGAGCAUCCUCUUGCUGCAGAAACUUUGUGUCCAUCAGUUGGUUCAUAUCUAGAUACAAGUACGGUAGUGCCUGAUAACAGUGAAGAUUCGAAAACUUGUCUUGAGAAAUCCGAGGGAGAGUAUGCAGGCAUAUAUGUAGGUUUGGAUUCGUUUGAUGAUUUACUUCCUAUCUCAAGCGCCAUAGAAAAUUCUAGUCCCGCUACAAAUCCAUCUGCUGUUCAUGUUGCUGGUGCAGAGAAGGGACAAGAACAACUUUCAAUUCCAGUUUCUUCAGUUGAUGAUUCAGCUCCUAGCACUUCUAAUCUUCAACCUGAUGAAGUGGCAGCAUGCCAAGAUCCAUUAACUUGUCAAGGAAGUGUUGUUCCUGUUAGUGGAAGUUGUCAGAUGGAGAUGGACAGCUAUCCUUCCUUGGAAGCAGCAGAUAUCCUGGGGGUAACUACUACAUCUGGGCAGAGUACCAGAAGGUUUCAACCCAAGUCCAAGCUACAAGUAUACAGAGAGAGAUACGACACAAGCAUCCCUGAUUCAGAUGCAGUAGAAUCAGUUUCAUGUCAGCCAAAUUCACACUCAGUUCAUUCUGAAAUGGAUUUUGUGGAUAGAGUGAAGGAACAUGGAUUCCCUGCUGAUGAUGUCCUUGAUUUCUCAGCCAGAGGAUUUGAUAAUAAUAUUAUUACAGAAUCUACUCAUGAAUUUCAUGUUCAUGAAGAAUAUGUUAUCGAAGCUUCGCAUUCAGAUGUUGGCAUCCCAGCAGAACUCCCUGAAUCUACUUGUCAGAUGCCUGAGGAACCUGUACAUCAGAGGCCAAAGACUAAAAAGCAAAAAUUGCCUGCAUCUGAUCUUUCUGCAAUUACUGAAGAGAAUGGAGCGGGUAGAUCAUUAAGGAGUAGAAGAAAGUCCGUAAAUGCAAAUAGACUAGUAGAUGAGUCUGAAGUAGUAGCGGAUGAUGGGGAAUAUGUGCCUGAACAACCUAAUGAUUCUGUUACAAAUGGUAAUGAUGAGGAUCUUCUGGUGGAAAAUGAAUCACAAGGGAAAAAAGUACAGAAAAAGUCAAAGAGAACAGUUGCCGAGGAUAGAAAGCAAGUUAGGAAGAGUAAAAAGACCACUGAAGCUUCAGACCAGGCAGCCAACAAGAAACCUAAGAAGUUUUCUCACUCCACUCGUCAAAAGAGGAGACAAGUGAACAAGGCUUUGCUUGAGGCUCCCGAGUAUGAGAUUGACUACCAAAAGGUACCUAUUAAGGAUCUAAUUAUAUUAGGAGAGCACAGAGAGCGGCUGGCGAAAAAAGAUGCUGCAGCGUCACAAAUACCUACUACAGAUCAGAGUGCUGGUGCUUCUGUUUCUAAUUAUAAUGAGGAUGAGACCUAUCCUUCAGAUGCCGGCGCAGAAGAUAAUGAUCGUCAAAUAGGUUCUCGGGCUCAAGAUUCUUCUGCCUACUUCAAUUAUCAAACUUAUAUGGACAAAACACCCAGCACAAGGUGGUCAAAACAGGAAACAGAACUGUUCUAUGAGGUACAUCCCUCUCAUUUGUAGCUACUGAAAGAUACAGGUGUAAAUGGGGGAACAAUUAAAAUUUGAAUUGAAAACUUCAAUCUUAAAUAGCAAAUUCUAGAAGUGCAACUUAUAAAAUGAAGUUAUUAGUUGAUGCACCUAGGCGUUCCCAGUCUGGAAGAUCAAGUUUGUAGGUUCCUCUCUGUAUUUCCUUUUUAUAAACCGUCAAUCAUGUUAUCAAAUUUGCUUCAAUUUGUUGAGACCUUCCUAUGAGGUAGUAGCAAAAGACUGAUGUAGGACAUCUUUGUUGCUAGCUAUCUAAUGUUACUUGUUUUCUCUAUUUGAAAUAGGCGUAUUUGUCAAAUAUUACAUAGAAAUAUUUGUCCCAACCAAGCGAGAACUGUGGAAUGCGAUGCAAUUGUGGGUAGAUGCAGUUUUAAAGCAAAAAAAAAAAAAAGUAUUUCUAUAUAAGGGAUGCUUGACAGACUAGAUUAAGGUUGGUCGUUGUCUAUGUUACAUGGACUCGUUCACAGGUGUAUAUCUGACCUAGGUGUAACUUGUAAGUGAGAGCCGGUUAAUGCUAUGUAGCUUUUUGUCCAUUUAGUGUAUUUUGAAGAAUUAGCACGAAAUCUCCGUUCCUGUGUCAGUCAACAUGGAUACUUCAAAGGAAGUCAAACAAUUCAUGUGAUAUAAUUUUUGUAGAACACAGUUACCUUUUCAGGAAUAUAGUUGUUGGAAAGUGAGAAGCUGGUCUAACUAAA